AUGGCGGAUACGCUUCCCAUCGGAUAUCGAUUUUGUCCGUCCGACGAACAAGCCAUCUCCUAUUGCCUUGCGCCUAAGGUGAAGGGGGAUGUAGUGUUUCCAGAAUGCAUCCACGAGUUCGAUGUGUAUGAAAAGGAGCCAUGGAAAUUCUUCGACAAGAACGCGGAAGAAAGCUUGUACGUCUUCACCAAGCUCAAGAUGAAGAAGUCUAGAGUGGAAAGAACGGCAGGUUCGGGAUACUGGAGGGGAGCACAAAGCAGUGACGUCAAAGAUUGCCAUAAUAAUGUCAUCGGUCUAAAGAAACACUUGAACUUUAAAGUGAAAGACGGCUCAUCUUCCAAUAGCCAAAACACCGAGAAAGGAUCUUGGAUUAUGCAUGAGUACUCCGUGCCUAACCAAGAGAAUAGCAUCAUUCAACUAUAUUUUCCGGCGAAAGGGUUUCUUGACAUUAUUCGGAUCCGGGCGUGGGCCGUUUCUUCGGGUUACCAGCUGGGCUCUCCGGAUUCGUGGGUUCAAAUCCAAGUCGGUAUAUCGGUUAAGUGGAUGGAACGAACGGUCGAGCGGUGCUCGAGGCAGAUGGGCCGCGUGAUCAACGGCGGGGAUGAUCCAUCCAGGCACGACUUUGGGGACAUAUCAGAAUGCAUUAUCUCCGACUGCAAUUUGGUCUUCUCAUCAACGAUUGUGCACCCGUAA